AGUAAUGUUAAUAUAUUCCGGAAAUAUUUCGAAAAGAUAUGUUUUUAAUAUUAAAAAUACGCAAAUGAGGAAAAUAUAUAAUUAAGCUUUUUGAAUCCUUUUCUGCCGACACACAAAAAAUUUUUUAAAACUUAUUAAAUAGUUGUUAGUUGUUAACGUUUUUGAUAAUGAUGGAAUCAACAAGAUCGAGUCGAAGUAGCUCACUUUCGAGUAGUCCUUUAAAUUCAACAGUAUCAACUUGCACUGUGGAUAGCUUGAAGACGAAAGUAAUUUGUAAACUCUGCCUUGAAUUUCGGCUCGUUAAUUUUAAAAUUCAAGAUUGUGGUUGCGUAUUUUGUAGAGACUGUAUGCAGGAAUAUGUACGAGUGCUCAUAACGGAGGGUCUCAUAGCCAGUUUAACAUGCCCCGAUCCAGAUUGUAUACCCCCUGGAAAGAUUAAAGCAUCGGAAAUUCAAGAUUUAGUUGAUCCUAAAAUAUGGGCUAGGUAUCGACGAUUACGAUUAGAGCAUGAAGUUAAUACUGAUCCCAGUAGGACGUGGUGUCCCGCCGCGGGCUGUGAUACGAUCUGCCAAAUUUGGCAAAAUUCAAGACCUAUGGCAGUUCAUUGUCAGAAAUGUCACUUAGAAUUCUGUUCAUCUUGUAAAGCAAUCUGGAAAGGUCACGGAGGAGCAUGUGAAAUGAACUGGUGGGGGCAAGCAGGAAUAUGCUCUAAUGGGGAGCCUAAAAUUAAGAGAUGUCCUGUUUGUAAUGUACCUAUUGAAAGAGAUUCAGGGUGUGCUCAAAUGAUGUGUCGACGCUGUAAACAUGUUUUUUGUUGGCAUUGUCUUGCACCAUUGGACAAUGAUUAUAUGUUAAGACAUUACGAUUCUGGACCCUGUAAGGAUAAACUUGGUCACUCCCAAGCUUCUGUUUUUGCUCAUCGCCUGCAAGUCAUCGCCUUAUUUGCCGGUUUCGGCUUGUUAGUUCUUAUUGCCUCUCCAGUAUUAAUGCUUGUUGUCCCCUGUUUGGCGUGUUGUAAAUGUAAGUUAUGCCGAAAAUGCAACGAAAGUGAUGAUGAAGAGGAUAUUGACCAAGCUAAUUACGAAUACUCCAGAAAAUAACUUUCUACUGAUCUUCGAUAGAUGGAGCUGUCUAUGUGUAUGGCCAUAUCAAUGAUAUAUACUGUAAUUUACAAUAUAUACUUAUAUGUACACAGUAUGUAUACACACAUAUAUAUAUGUGUGUAUGUCUCUGUAUGUACUUAUAUUAUUGUGUUUUUCAUAUUUAUGUACAGAUAUACAAUUAUAACAUGCAUAUAUACAUAUAUAAGAAUAUUUGAAUAUAAUUAUAAAUAUUAUAUGUAUAUAUAUGUCUAUGUAUAUACAAUAUUUUUUCGAUGUUUAUUAUACAUUUAUUGAUGAAUGAAACUUCAGAUGGCGCCAUUUAGUGUUCAGUGAGUGUAUUGAAUUUAUUAAUUUUAUUAUAUUUUGUAUAAUUAUACGUUCCAUACGGUCACUUGUGUACGUAUAUCAAGUUUAUAGACAUACAUACUGUAUAUACCAGAUAACCCUGUACAUAUAUGAAUAGAUUUAAGUAUAAAAGUUUAUAUCUUUAUGCUUAAAUGCUGGCAUCUAUGUAUUAAUGGAUAUUUGAGUAUAUACAGUGUAUAUAUUUUCUUGUUGAUUUAUUUAUACAUGCUGUAUAUAUAAACAUGACAUUCCAAACUCUUAAGAUGGCGGUUAGUUAAUUGAACCUCUGGGAAUAGCCAUCUAUAGCCUUGAACGGAUUUGGAAAUAAUUAGCUAAAGUCUCUUUAAUACCAUAAAUUGGUACGACGAAACAACAAAUCACAGGAAAAUUUGCCUUUAUUGCAAAAUCGAUGCAUGUAAAACUGAAACGAAGCGAAACCGCCCGUUAGAUAUUGACAAACUACGAAUAAUUUAUAAGCUUCUCAAUUUAGAGCGUCUCCUUCCCGAAUAGGCCUUCGAUGGGAUCGCUGGUCACACUACGUGUAUUCUCAAGCAAUAAGACAUACUAUUAUCUAAUUCCUUCAGAAUACGCGCACCAGACACCAGCCGGAGUUAUCUAUUAUCGGCCUUGUUGACGUUAAUAAAAAAUUCAUAACCGUCCCUUUGUAGACGCCGCCGCCUUUUAAACGUUGGUUGAUAUAUUGAUUGAAGAAAAAACAAGCAAUACUUUCUCUCCGAAGAAAUUUGACAUUUAUUAUGCACAGGGACUUUUGUCGAAGAAGGCCUAGCACAACGGUCGUUGGAAAGUAACGCCCCAUUAUCGCGAAGCGUCUAAUUGUAGCAUAUGGUCGACCGUUUCUGGGCGCGUCUAGUUUGUAAAUCAAGUAGAAAAUAGACUAUAAUUUCGUUUUUUGGCAUCUGACCGUAAUUAGGCUCGGAGUAGGGUUACGCAGGUAAAGCGUCACCGUCAACGUCCGGCAUCAAUUUUUCUGCCAACAAUAUGGACACGAAUUUUUCGGAUUACGCUUAUCCGAAAUCUUUCUGCCUUAAGCCUACGUUUUGAUGGUCGCUGUAAAAGAGACGCUUACAUUAUUGCGUAAUUAAAAUAUACCUGCUUAAUCGGAUUGGAUGUUUAAAAAAAGGCGUCCACUUGUUGAGAGUUUUCUUCAGAAUGACGAUCAAUAUGUACAUUGCUAAGACUAGGGGGCGCAACGAACAGCCGUCACUUUUUUUGCAGUCGGCGUAUAUGUGUUAUGUGUAUAAAAGCGUCGUCGUCGGACGUCAAUUCAGUAAGCCGGUCACGCACCGCGUGCAUACAGUUACUGGAAUAUUGCAGACGCUAAGACGCUGUAUAGGCCGAUAGAAAUUAGACGCCGUUGACAAAUCGAUUUACAAGAGACAGAGCGUCUCUGGAAUUAUUAAGCGGGGAACGCCACUUGGUGCUAAAUUAGAUUUUCUGCUUCUGUCAUCACCUGCUGUUUCUGUAGCGUUCUAAUUCCAUUCUUUCCAGUCAUAUUAUGAAAGGUAAUGCUC